AGAUCAACAGACGAGAGAUGGAGGAACUGUUUGCUACAGCCUGCCUAGCCAUUGACCAGGAGGCUGAUGCCUUAGAACAGUUGAGCCUUACCAUAUGGAGGAAUCCAGAACUUUUGUUUCAAGAGAGAAUCGCCCACGAUGUACUGACGAACUUUCUAGAAGAACGAGGGUUCGCUGUGGAGAGAGGCUACAAAAACGUGGAGACUGCUUUCAGGGCAACCUGGGAGUGCCAGGCUACUGGGGAAAGUGAGCACAAGGCCCCUAACAUCGCUGUCCUGUGUGAGUACGACGCCCUGCCUGAGAUCGGACAUGCGUGUGGUCACAACCAGAUAGCACAGCUCGGGGUGGCAGCUGCUCUUGGGGUCAAGGCCGUUAUGGAAAAACAUGGACGACCCGUAGGAAAGUUGACGGUGCUGGGGACCCCUGCAGAAGAGGGAGGAGGAGGAAAGAUCGUUCUGAUGGAGGCCGGAGCUUUUGAUGACGUGCAUGUGGCCAUGAUGUGUCACCCAUGUUCAGAGAACAUUGCCUUGCCUGAAACUCUGGCCAUGCAACAGUACACGAUCACCUACCAUGGGAAGGCUUGCCACGCCUCUGCCUCGCCAUGGGACGGGAUCAACGCCCUGGACGCCGCUAUACAAGCUUACAACAGCAUCUCAGCGUUAAGACAACAGCUGAAACCAACAACACGGGUUCAUGGGAUCUUCACAAAAGGGGGCACCAAGGCCAACAUAAUCCCAGACUUGACCCAGUUAGAGUAUUGCAUCAGGGCCAAGGACAGACGUGAACUGGAAGUUGUUGCCCAGAAGGUCACCAAAUGUUGGGAGGGCGCUGCCAUAGCAACGGGUUGCACGGUUGACAUAGAUCACAGCCAAAUUGGCUAUUCUGAUAUAAACAACAACCGGACUUUGGCCAAAAUUUACGAAAAACACAUCAACAUGGUGGAGCCAGACAGGAGAAAUUUCACAGAGACGGUACCACUUUCACAUCUCAUGAUAAAUUAUCUGGUUUUAUCUGGAGAUAACUUUCACAGAGCCGGGACGUGUCCAGUAGGAUCUACAGAUAUGGGAAAUGUCAGCUAUGUUUGUCCCAGUAUCCACCCUAUGUACAGGAUAGGGGCUGCACUUAACCACAGCAAGGAAUUUACCAAGGAAUCAGGAACCAGGCCAGCCUUCCUGUUGUCACAGAACCAAGGAAAAGCUCUGGCACUGACAGCUAUAGAAAUCAUGUCGGAUCUGGGACUGUUGGGGGAGAUUACUGCAGAGUUUAGGGAGAAAACUGGGCAAAAAUAA